GAGAUUCUCUUUUCCCCGUUUUUCUUUCUUUCCUUGUUAGGUCCCGGCAGGGCCAGCGCCUACUUCCUUCCCUUGAAUCUUUAGUCUGUGUGCCUGAAGAUUCGGAAUCUGCCGGAGACACAGCGAAAUGGGUUCUUUGGAGGAAGAGAGGCGGCAGCUAGAACUUGGGCUGUUGCAGGAUCAGAGUAAUGGACUGUACACUGGAGAUGGUUCUGUAGACGUCAAAGGAAAGCCUGUCUUGAAAAGCAACACUGGAAAUUGGAGAGCAUGCCCCUUCAUCCUAGGCACUGAGUGUUGUGAACGUUUGGCCUACUAUGGAAUCGCCACUAAUCUUGUUACUUACCUCACCAACAAACUACAUGAGGGAAAUGUAUCGGCCGCGACAAAUGUUACCACUUGGCAAGGAACUUGCUAUCUCACACCUCUAAUUGGAGCUAUUUUAGCCGAUGCUUGCUGGGGAAGAUAUUGGACAAUAGCUGCAUUUUCCACAAUAUACUUCAUUGGUAUGUGUACAUUGACUCUCUCUGCAACAGUUCCUGGGUUGAAGCCUGCAGAAUGUGUGGACUCUGUUUGCCCUUCAGCAACGGCAGCCCAAUAUGCAGUAUUUUUCUUAGGGCUCUAUCUGAUUGCCCUAGGUACUGGGGGGAUCAAGCCAUGUGUUUCCUCUUUCGGUGCUGAUCAGUUUGAUGACACUGAUUCGAGAGAGCGAGUGAAGAAAGGGUCUUUCUUCAACUGGUUUUAUUUUUCCAUUAACAUAGGUGCUCUUGUAUCAAGCACUCUUAUAGUGUGGAUUCAAGACAAUAUGGGUUGGGGCUUAGGAUUCGGUAUUCCUGCAGUAUUUAUGGGAGUUGCUAUUGCCAGUUUCUUUUCAGGCACGCCUCUCUAUCGAUUCCAGAAACCCGGGGGGAGCCCUAUCACAAGGAUGUGUCAGGUUUUGGUUGCAGCCUUCCAUAAGUGGAGCGUGGAGGUCCCUGAGGACAGUAGUCUCCUGUAUGAAACACAAGAAAAGAACUCUGCUAUAGAAGGAAGCCGCAAAAUAGAACACAGCGAUGAGUUGAAGUGCCUCGAUAAAGCUGCGGUUGUCACUGAUGCAGACACCAAAAGCGGGGACUUUUCAAAUGCCUGGAGGCUAUGUACAGUCACUCAAGUGGAGGAGCUGAAGAUUUUGAUCCGUAUGUUCCCAAUCUGGGCCACAGGAAUUGUAUUUUCUGCUGUAUAUGCGCAGAUGUCUACCAUGUUUGUGGAACAAGGGGAGAUGAUGGACACUACUAUCGGCUCUUUCACUAUUCCUGCAGCAUCUCUAUCAACUUUCGAUGUCAUAAGCGUGAUUUUCUGGGUGCCAGUCUACGAUCGGGCCAUCGUUCCAAUAGCAAGGAAAUUCACAGGCAAGGAAAGAGGCUUUUCCGAGUUGCAGCGGAUGGGAAUUGGCCUCUUUAUAUCAGUUCUCUGCAUGUCGGCUGCUGCUAUAGUAGAGAUUAAGCGUCUCCAAAUUGCUAGAGAACUCGGCUUGGUUGAUGAAGACGUCGCCGUGCCGAUGAGCAUCCUUUGGCAAGCGCCACAGUACUUCUUGCUGGGGGCAGCGGAGAUAUUCACUUUCAUCGGGCAGCUCGAGUUCUUCUAUGACCAAUCUCCAGACGCCAUGCGGAGCUUAUGCAGCGCGCUGUCGCUCUUGACUACUUCUCUAGGGAAUUACCUUAGCUCCUUGAUCCUGACGAUCGUGACGUAUGUCACGACCCAAGACGGGCAGGUCGGAUGGAUACCCGAUAACCUGAACGAGGGCCACCUUGACUACUUCUUCUGGCUUCUAGCCGGGCUCAGCUUCCUGAACUUGCUCGUCUACAUCGUCUGUGCCAUGAAGUAUAAACGGAAGAAGGCCACUUGAGGGUUUGAUCAGAUUGUCCAGUGAAUUUCAUACAAAAGGAUUGGGUGUUGGCAAAGAUUUUCACUUUUUUUUUGGGUGUUUGCCUGCAUGGAGGUGUAUAUAAAGCGAAGGCGGGCAGUUCUACUGGGAAUGUGCUUCCUCAUUCUGUAUUAUAAGAACUCAGAAGGAUUUACUUCUGGACCAUAACUACAUAAUGUUUAUUGAAGCAGAAAUAUAUUUUUAGCGUGUUGCACAAUUUCCCAUA